UUUAAGAAAACGUAGCAAAGGGGUGGGGUGUGCGGGCGCUAUGAAAUAUCGCGAGAGCACAAGCCCAAAUCAUUAACCUACGUAAUGUGCCGUGCUGCUUCUAGCGGCGCUGGUGACAGUGCUGAAAGCUGUUGGGUAUGAAGUGAAACCUUAAAAUAAUUUUUGUAACAUCCGCAACUGCUUCAAGUUCAGAUCAAAACAAAGAAACUCAAGAGGAACGGCCUAAAAACAAGCAAGAAGUUGCAACUCUCAAUAUACAAAGGUUUGAAAUUAUUCUAAAAGGAUCACUUUGAGGAUUUCCAAAACAGACGCAACCAACCACCAAAGAUACGCUGCUGCCUAUUGGAAUCGCGCCCAAGAGAAGCUGCACGACAGAGCCAAUACUGAGACGUCGGUAACCGAUCUGAAACCAGAAGUUUGUGCCUACUCGACAGCUUUGACAAAGCACAUGUCCCAACGCUGCUCCUAGCCUUCUUCCUCCUCCUCCUCCUCAUCCUCGCCACCAGCUCACCCCGGGGUGUGGAGCGAGCUUCUAUCUUCUCGUUUUUAUUUUCCUCUACGUCCCCUGAAGUCUCUCUCUUUCUCACCCUUGUUUCUUCUCCCUGCUGUCACAUCGCGAUCCCCCCCCUCCCCAAGCAAGUGUUUUUGCACCUGCGUUUGCCUUUUUUUUUGCGACUUUUGUUCCAUCUCCUUUUUUUUUUUUAUGCCUCAUGCAACUAUCUAGAACUUGUGCCAGAAACCUGUAACAAAAUAAGUGUGUGCGACCGUGUGUGAAGAGAUCUACAGUACAACUGUCCAAUCGUCCAGAACUACAAAGACCCAAGACGCAUAUCGAAGACGUCCCAGCGGUUUUCCCUUGGGUGGUCAGACACUUUUACUUUUGCUUUUCCUUUUAUUUUGUACCAAAACACUCGGGUCUGUCAGACGACACAAGUUCUCGCGUUGAGUCCGAGUGUACAUGGACAAACAUGGGCAGUCCUUGGAAAGGCUUUGUCGAGUUUACCUUGCCAGCGUCGCCGCCCACCACCUUCGUUAGCCCUGAUCUGAGCAGCUCCUCCCCCAUUGGGCUCAGCCUAUCACCGUAUGGCCCGUCCAUGAGCUUUGACCCGGGCAUGCUCCACAACAACGGCCACACGGCCUUCGCCAACGGCUCGGCGCCCGGCCUGCGGGAGACGGGAGUGGUGGAGAAGCUGCUCACCUCCUACGGAUUCAUCCAGUGCUCCGAGCGCCAGGCCCGCCUCUUCUUCCACUGCUCCCAGUACAACGGCAACCUGCAGGAGCUCAAGAUCGGAGACGAUGUAGAGUUUGAGGUGUCUGCCGACCGGCGCACCGGCAAACCCAUCGCGGUGAAGCUGGUGAAGAUUAAGCCUGAGGUACUGGCUGAGGAACGCAUCGGGGGCCAGGUGGGGCCAGCAACGCACGCCUCUCCCUUUACUGUGCUGCAUGGUUAUAUUCAUCCAGUCGUCUCUGCCAUCCCAACCCACCUGGACGGGAAGGCCGCCCCCGGUCAGGCUCCCACCGGGAGCGUCUGUUACGAGAGAAACGGGGAAGUGUUCUACCUGACUUACACAUCCGACGACAUCGAGGGAAACAUGCACCUGGACACCGGCGACAAAGUCAGCUUCUACAUGGAGACCAACAAGCAAGCUUUGUCCCUUCCUGCCACCAGCACCGGUGCGGUCAGCGCCCACAACAUCCACCUGGUGAAGAAGAAGCAGACGCGGUGCCAGGGGGUGGUGUGUGCCACCAAGGAGGCGUUUGGGUUCAUCGAGAGGGCGGACGUGGUGAAGGAGAUCUUCUUCCACUACAGCGAGUUCAAAGGAGACCUGGAGGACCUGCAGGCCGGGGAUGAUGUGGAGUUCACCAUCAAAGACCGCAACGGUAAGGAGGUGGCCACGGACGUGCGGCUGCUGCCCCAGGGAACGGUCAUCUUCGAGGACAUCAGCAUCGAGCAGUUCGAAGGAACCGUCCUCAAAGUGAUCCCCAAAGUGCCCACCAAGAACCAGAACGACCCCCUGCCGGGCCGCAUCAGCGCCCGGAUCGGCUUCGACAAGGAGCUGCUCUUCGGGGAGAAGGACACCAAGUCCAAGGUGACGCUGCUGGAGGGCGACCACGUGCAGUUCAACAUCUCCACCGACCGCCGCGACAAGCUGGAGCGAGCCACCAACAUCGACAUCCUCUCCGACACCUUCGGCUUCACCAAGGAGGCCCGCGAGAUGUGUCCGGCCGGGUCUUGUGUGUUGCAGGGGGUGAUCGCCGCCAUGCGCGACGGCUUCGGCUUCAUCAAGUGCGUGGACCGCGACGCGCGCAUGUUCUUCCACUUCAGCGAGGUGCUGGAGGAGAGCCAGCUGCACAUCUCGGACGAGGUGGAGUUCACCGUCGUCCCAGACAUGCUGUCGGCCCAGAGGAACCACGCCGUGCGCAUCAAGAAGCUGCCCAAGGGCACGGUGUCCUUCCACACCCAGUCGGAGCAGCGCUUCAUCGGGACGGUGGACAAGGAGAUCAUGGCCACCACGCCCGCCAAGAACGUCAGCCCCAGCAAGACCAAGGAGAAGGAGCCAGAGGAGGGUGUGAUUGCAUAUGAAGACUGCGGUGUGAAGAUGACGGUGUUGUACCAUGCCAAGGACCUAGAGGGCAGCAUCUACCCCCAGGCCGGAGAUAAGGUGGAGUUCUCCAUCAACGAGGUGAAGCGCACCGGGCAGCAGAGCGCCGUGUCCAUCAAGGUGCUGAACCGCACGGCCGCCAACGCCAAGCGUCUGCAGGGCUUCGUGGCCACGCUCAAGGACAACUUCGGCUUCAUCGAGACGGCCAAUCACGACCAGGAGAUCUUCUUCCACUACAGCGAGCUGUGCGGCGACGUGGAGAACCUGGAGCUGGGCGACACGGUGGAGUACACGCUGUCCAAGGGCAAGGGGAACAAAGUGAGCGCCGAGAAGGUCAACAAGGUGGCUGCAGUGAACGGCGUGGGCGAGGACGCCGGGGGCGGGGUGAUGCUGGGGAAGGUGGUGCGGCCGCUGCGCAGCGUGGACCCCACCCAGACGGAGUACCAGGGCCUCAUCGAGGUGGCGGAGGAAGGUGGCGCUAAAGGGGGCAACUAUCCGUUUGGCAUCAUGGGCAUGGCCAGCAAGGCGGACUGCCUCCAGAAGGGGGAGCUGGUGAAGUUCCAGCUGUGCACCGUGACCCAGACGGGCCAGAAGAUGGCCUGCAGCGUGGUCCCCCAGAGGAGGGCCCUGGUGGAGUGUGUGAAAGACCAGUUCGGCUUCAUCACCUACGAGGUGGGGGAGAGCAAGAAGCUGUUCUUCCACGUGAAGGAGGUUCAGGACGGCCUGGAGCUGCAGACCGGGGACGAGGUGGAGUUCUCCGUCGUGCUCAACCAACGGACGGGCAAAUGUAGCGCUUGCAACGUCCGCCGCGUCAGCGAGGGUCCGAAGCCCGUGGUCACCCCCCGCCCUGAGCGGCUGGUGAACCGUCUGAAGAGCAUCACCCUGGACGACGCCAGCGCGCCGCGCCUCGUCAUCGUCCGCCAGCCCCGCGGGCCAGACAACUCCAAGGGCUUCAGCGUGGAGCGCAAGACCCGGCAGCCCGGCGUCAUCGACUGAGACCAGGCCCCGCCCCCUGCCACGCCCCCCUGCCACGCCCCACCCGGCUGUGCGACUAGAUUAAGAAAUGCUCCCCCGCCCCCCCCCCCUCUUUAUCUGCUUGUAAAAAAUCCAACGCACAAUCCCAUGCUGCCGCGCCUCCACCCGCCUGGUUACUACCCGCCUGGUUACUACCCGCCUGGUUACCCGCUGAUCACCUGCUUGUUACCCGCUACCAGCAGCAGGGGGGUCCUCUCAUUCCACGUCUCCCCCCCCCCUCCCCCCUCCCUCCCCUGUGUGUGAUGUACUGCAGGGUACACAAGAUCUCUCUGACUGUUUGUGCGUGUGUGUGUGUGUGUGUGUGUGUGUGCGCGUGCAGGUGUGCUGUAUCCUACGAUUGGUCGUAUCGAGUAACGGAAGAUAUUUGUGUUUUUUUGUUCAGUUCUUGGGGGCGUCGCCCAAUCAAAGUGUCAGCCUUGGUUUUGUUUUGUUUAUUUUCCCUCGCUUUUAUUAGACGUUUUUUAUUUUUUUGGGGCUUUCCCUGGAAUUCUGCACCCGUGUUCUUUCCCCGGACUUCCAUGUUGUAUAAGCGUGUGAGUUAUAGCAUGUGCAUCCCUCCCCCCCCCCUCCCCCUUCAGCAUCCUGUGGUCCUGGCCGCGAUUGGCCCGGGCCGUUCUCCCUGGAGACAGGAAACAGGAAGUGGCCUGGCUGUCGGAGGUUUCCCAUCGUCUGCUCUUUCUUUUUUUUUUCUCCAUCUUGCGUACGCUGGAGCGAGCGAGCCGAUCCCGGUUCUCUCCCUGCGGGCCGCUUUUCUGUUUUCCCUUUUUUUCGUUUCCGGAAACGUUUUUAAAAAGAAGACGAAAAAAAUAAUGUAGGAAACAUUGAUGCUUGGUUCGCAGUGAGGGGCGGGCCGUACGGGGUCUUGGUUUGGACGUCCGACACCGGGUCGGAGAAAGCCUUCAGGCGCCUGCGAGGUUGUGGGUUCGAGUCCCGUGACGGAGCGGCCCUGGUUUCGAUUUUUGUCGUGGUGGUGCAGAAUUCCUCGUGGCCUCGCGUCGUUCCACCGCAGUUCUUUUUCUACGGACGUUUCGUCGGUUUUCUAAUUUUUUUUUUUCUUGCACAUAUUUUUGCUUACUUUACCAUGGAAGGUCAAUCUGCUAAUAAUGAAUUAAGUAAGAAUAAGGUGCCUAUAAAAACUACACGCAAAAUAACAAAAAUAGAUGUGCCCCAUGAUCCCCCGGCCCCGCCCCCCUCAACCUCCUGGUGGCCGGCCCUUUGGUUUCUCGUAGACAUCAUACUGGUAUAAUACCAGUAUGAUACUGGUAUGCAUCCCGGUACGACGGGUGGAAAUAUACUGUAUGUAUUGUGUGAUUCUUUUAUUUUUUUCUCUUUUUUUUUUUUUUUUUCGUUUAGUGAGGAAAUUCAAACAGAAAAGAGAUAACAAAAAAUCAAACCUAACUUAAAAAAAAAAAAAAAAAAAAAUGAAAUAAAAACAAUAAAUGAGAAAA